CCUUCAGACUGUAUAUUCGCGGCCACAUAGUUUACCAUUGACCUAAGACCGAGUUCUGCGGUCGCUUAUUUUCAGCACCAGAUCAGAUAUAAUCUAGGAGGUAUUAGAUUUAUACGGAUGCAUUUCUAGAGCAGACGCGACGCUACGCUCGAGAUGUUAUCUGCAGAGAAAAAGCGUUUGCGAGAUAGGCGGGCCCAGCAGACCUUUCGCACCAAGAGAGUACAACAAAUGAUUAGGCUCAAGGAACAGGUGGCGUAUUGCGAACAACAUCACGAUGACCAAGGCACGCAACAACUUCUUCAGACGAUCCAAAGCCUUAGGGAGCAAAAUGCAGUUUUAAUUCAGCGACAGGAACGGCUACGGUCACUUAUCCUAGCAUGGGAUGACGACUACCCCGUUAAUCUUCUUACGCGGAAUUUUCCUGGUGUUGGACAGACCAGUCAGGAGGAGGUGAUACAAGGAGCCCUGAAUUACAGGGAGGAGAACUUACUAAGACCACCGGUCUCAGAGGAUACUAAUCCUGAUUCGAUGGGAUCUAUUAAUGUCAAUGAACCCUCUGGUCUUCUCAACUCUACACCCAUGUCCGCUUCAGCACCACCAGUGGCCCAAUCGUCAGUAUCUUCCCCGGCGGCUGUCCUUACAUCGCCUAUGCCGGGCCAGUGUCUACCAUGGAAACUUCUCCCACUGAAUGACGAUGAUUUCUCUUCUUCCGAGAGCAUCUCCCUCCCUUGGUUCGCUUAUCCGCAACGCAUCGCUUCAUCUGCGGAUUCCCCCUUGUCGCCUCUCGACUUUCUCUACGGCACCAGGGAGAAUUUCUUAUCUGAUAUGAUCCAUAUGGUCAUCCGCAGGCGGCCGUUAAGGGAUCCAGAGCGCCUCGCUAUUGGCUGGACCGCGUAUCAUCUCACCAAAUGGCUCUUCUCUCCUGGCCCUACCACGUACGCGAGGCUUCCAGAGUUCUCGAGACCAAUUCUGGGACAGACGCAGAUUCCGCAUCCGAUGGCUCUGGAUUUCAUUCCCUGGCCUAGGGUACGCCUGAAUCUCAUUCAGCGAUGGCAUGUCUAUCGCGAGAGACGCGAUGAGCUGUUCGGGAUGUUAGCAAUCUGUGUCAAGGUCCGCUGGCCAUGGGGCGAGAAUAUCCUCGAAAGGAACGAGCGCAAUGAGCUUUGCAUCCGACAAAGCUUCUACGACACGUUCAUGAGUGAGAGCGGCUGGGGCCUUACUUCGGAAUUUAUCAAUAAGUACCCUGAUCUUGUUGCUGGGGCUGACCUUGCAUCUAUCAUUUAUGAGUAUAAGUGUCCUAUAUGCAAGUCUAUAUUACGGUCUAUAUUCAGAUUAUGAGAUUUGCUAUACAUACGACUUCUAACAGGUGGAGACAUGCUCUCAGUCAUGACCCG